AUGGUUCUUUUUGCCUGGCACUUGCGAGACAGUGUUGCUGUGAAGGAAGCAAUGCCAACCGCAAUGGAAGCAAUCUUCCCCAAUUUUUUCGCACAAACAAGUAUUGCCAUGGGCCAACAGGCCUUAAAGCAGAGCAAGUCCUUGCUCAGGAAUGCGCAGCUGGCUGUAGACAUGGCUUUGAUGUUGGUAAGGCGCCGUCGCCUUGAACAGCUUGGAACCAGUGCAAGGUAUGGGUGGGCAGAUUCUUCGCCAAUUGCAAAAAGCGAUUGGUUGAUUAGCAAGCACCAGGCAGUCUUGGCAAGCGAUUGCACCGUUCUUUGGGGCUCUUGGAAGGCUCUCGUAGACACUGUGCAAAGCCCGGCAGAUGCUAGCCAGCAGCGGCAAAACCACUUGAAAUCUUUGAUGUCGGGGGUUUGUAUUCACACCCAACCUCCUCAAGCCAUGGGUCUGGGCCUCACAGCUUUGGAGAGUAAGGUCGCCGCCUUGCUUUUCAGUUUGUUUUUGGAAGUCGGCAGCCAGAGUGCCUUGAAAGAUUUUUUGAAGACAUUUGUUUCUUUCACAACAGACAUGGGGACUGAGCUGGGGGCUGCAUCAUUCCUUGUUGAAGACAUGUCCAAAUUGUUGCCUGAAUGGCUAGCAGAACCUCUUCUAGAAAUGGACGUUGAUGAGGGGGACGGAAAUCUUGACAAUGUUGCCGGUGUUGCAGAAAUCCGCUUCAUGCCAAACGCAAUUAUCAUACCUGGAGCCUUGCACAUUUGCAGCAACUUGUGCAAAGACGUGUCUUCCAAGCUUUCGCACUGGGAGCCCUUCCUGCAACAGCUCGCUUUGUUCGAGGGUUUGCUUUGCAUGCGUGACAGGCGAGAGCGGUUCUUGUCAUCAUGUGUGCCAGACACUGCAGAUGAGCGGAAGCUCUUCACGCACUUCAGUGGUAGUCUUUAUGAAAAGCGUUGGGGUGCUGUCAUUAGUUUCUUGCGUAAGUUGUAUCCUUUGCUAGAAGCAUUACAAAAGUAUUGGAGUUCUGAAAAGUACAUGCAAAAUUACCAGCAGAGAGAGAGCGCCGCAGACAAUCAUGAUGCAGAAGAAGGUCACGCAAGGUUUGCAGCCGCAGAUCUUAGCGCAACGUUGGGCAGUGGCAUGUUCCAUGUUUACCUAGCAAUGGUCAUGUCUUUGUUCAACGUAGUGGAGAAUUUGUCUUCCUGGUUCGAGGGUUGUUUGUGUCAUGAUUGGGAGCUGAAGAAGCAUCGUGGGAAGCUUGCGCGAAAUUCUCAAAAAGAGAUUGCUCAGUGCGGCCCUUAUGCGUUCUGUCCAAUGAAGGGCAAGCGUGCUCCGGAGUUGGCAGCAGGAUGUCUGCAGACCACCUUUGACGAAAUUGUCCAGCUGCGCAAGAGAUCCUUGCUUGAAAGCAUCCGCCAACAUGGCCUUGACUCAGAGAGUGAGAGGUGCGUGCUAAGUGAUUUUGAGGCAGGACGACUUUAUAUACAGUUGGGUUUGCAAGUGAAAUUUGAUUUCUGGACUAAGUGCCCAUGGCGUUUAGCAGCACUUGCCCAUCCUCAUGAGGAGCUAGCAAGAGCAUCUGCUCGUGACAUACUAGAGACCGUCAGUUUUCUUGAUGUGGCAGAUCCUGAUUUGGUUCAUCACCCAGUGACACUACGGUUCUUGCACCCAGAUGGACCCUUGCGUUGCAUGGUUGAAGCCUUUGCCUCUGGAGAUCACAUGACCGAUGCAUUGUGUUCUGAAGUAGCAAAGCUGUCUUUCAUGCCAGUUGUUGAGCGUAGCAUUGAGGCCAAACAUUCUUUGAUUUCCCGCAGGGUGCAGAAGAAUUGGCGAUCAGGCCGCAUUGUCAGCCUCACACUGCGCGUGCCAGACAUCAAGGCCGCCAUCGCAGCUGAUGCAAACUUCUUGCAAGAGUUGACAGAUGCUUUUGCUUUGACCCGUGACCCCGUAAAGGCUUCCCACCAGCUCGGCAUUCAGGAGCAUCCAGCUUUAGUGCAAGCGUGUUUUGAUAGCAAGCACAAGAACCAACGGACAGGCAUCCUCAACAGGAUUGUGUACAGGUGUGACUUGGAGUCAAAGUAUGAGGCGCAUGGCCAGGCAAGGGUUGACCAUGAGCAGCGUACGAAGAAGAGAGCUCGUUUAGCUGAGAAGCAGAUCGCCAAAGCAGCGCCGGCAGCAAAGCCACCUGCACGUAGGAAACUCACCCAUGAGGAUCGAUAUGCAGACAUGCUCAGCCACGCCAUCCAGGAUCAUUUCACUAAAGUAGUUUCGUCUGCAACUUCAUCCCGGGUUUAUUCCCUAGACCUUGCCCCUAACGAACAUGGGUGUGGCCCUUCAUUAAAGCCUUUGGAUGCUGUGCUUGAGGGUGAGCGUGUGGCAGGGAUUUCGCAUCGCCGUCAGUUGUCCCAGCUUACGCCAGACAUUGCUUCAGAUGCUUUGGCGCAGCAGAUGCUGAGUUUUGAAGGCCAUGAGGUUGUGCAUUUUCAAGUGGUUCAUGUCGCCCCGAGUAACAUGCGUACUGUUGCUGUGCCGCUAGGUGCAGGGAGGCGACUUGCUAAGGGAGAGAUUGCCAUAUCUGUGCAUGCUUUGCAGGAUCUAGGAGAUGGCAAGCGGCACAUUUCCAUGCAGCCCACAUCCCAGGGUGCGACUUGUGUAGCAAUCCUUUCUGAUCUUUCCGCAGGUGAUUUGACUAUCUUGCAGGAAACUUGCACCGAGUUCGAGCUGGGGCAGCUUGCUUAUUCCAUCAAAGAUUUUGUGCCCCAAACAUGUCAGUCUUGUUGUCAAGCGGUGACUGAGCUUGUUCGCGCUGGUGCAUUCCCUGAUUCUCAUGUGCGCUACGAAGUGGCUUUAGAGAAUGGGCAGGUGCCACAUCCAUGGGAUGAGCUUGAAGGGGCAGGUUUGAUCAGUGUUGUGAUGCUGGAAGGGAGGGAUGCCAAAUCCUAUGCAUUGACCCCAGCAGCAGUUCAAGCUUUGGAAGUUGUUGCCGAGUUGACCAAGCCCAAGCUUGUGUGUGAGCCCCGCGUUGACAUGCCUCUUCAGGAUUGUACAUGCUAUGAGCUCCUGAGGCACCUAGAAGCGGCAGGAUGGACGUGGCAGCCAUUGCCUGAUGCCCCCCAGAAGCGCAGGGCAUUGUCGUAUUCUUCUGGUUGUGACAGAAACUUUUAUUCGGCCGGUCUUCCACAUCCUUUGUACAUGCGGUGUUUGCUGGACGUAGAGAGACUACUUGAUAUUGGAGUCGAGUCCAUUCCACACUGGAGCCCCAAACCAGCAUUAGUGUAUGCGCAGCUAUUGCAGGGCCGCAACAUUCAAGUUAGGGCAGCGCCGCGUUUGAUGUUGCAAGCAGAUGUUGAUGGAGGGGGCGAGUUGCAAGCAGCUGUUGAUGGCGAGGGCGAUGGUGCAGGGGUGCUUGCUCCCGUGUUGGAUGCUGAAGCAGUAGAGGAAGUCCACAAUGAUCCUUUGGAAGCUGAUCAAGUAGAAGUUGUGGAUGGUGACUUGACACCAACCAGCCGUGAACAGCAAAUCGCGGAAUUGCUUGAGUUGAUGGAGUCCACUGAUGAUGAUAAGCCAGCGCCUGAUGCGCCUGAGGUGGCACCGCUUGUUGAACCCCCUCCGCGUGUUGGACAUGCCCCUGCCCGUGCAUCCGGCGCCAAUGAUGCUGAAAGGGGCUCUGUUGUGGAUUCUGCGCCUGCAGUGUCCCAUCUUGCUGAGGCACCAGUUGCGCUUGCAGAUGCUAAUGUUGUUGAAGCACCAAGACUGGCCGUUCCAGCACCUAAACGUGCUGCAAGAACCCGAAAUCUUGUUGAGCCAGGUUGCAUUACUUAUUGGGGGUGUUUUCGCAUCAGCAUGCUUGUUGCAAAGCCUGACUCAAGACCAUACGGUGCGCUGGAAGCUGUGUGCCCGUUUCAUAGGCGCAGUCGUGUCAGCCAAUGCAAAAAGUACAUAGCCCACAAAUCUGAUUCUCAAGCUGAGAAGGACUUGGAUUACAAAGCGCUUUUGCAUUGGUGCGCGCAGGCUAGGACUGUGAAUCGCCAAAGACAUCAUGUUGGCAUGUCUGUGCUGCCCCGUGCUGCGCUUGCCGAGCUUGCUAUGGAUGUGAUUGAAGCUCAGCGGAUUGAUGAAGGACCUUCAGACCUUCCAACACCUGAUGAUGAACUGGACAAAGCUGCUGGGCCCGAAGAGCAUCCACCUAAUUCCGCAGGCAGUGUGCCUGCAGUGACCAGGUUCUGCUUCGAGCGAGUCAUCCAGUUCAGACUCCAGCAGCAGUGCGUCCGAAACCAGUAG